AUGAAGAUCGCUUACACAACGGUUCUCCUUUUUCUCUUGUCAUCCACCAGCUCGAUUCAGUCCAAGCACCAGACCUUGAGAAACGUCGUGGAGGCGGCGGCGGUGGACGAGGUGGCGGAAGCGGAGGAUCCAGUGGAGGACGCAGUGGAAGCGGCGGAAGCAGUAGUUCAUCGAGGAGGCUCAUCUCGCUCGGGUUCCACCUCCAGUAGCAGUCGUGUAGCGCCUUCGUAUGGUGGCGGAUCCUACUACGCUGGUGGUGCCAAAUCCGCAUACAGCGCCGGCAGGCGAUCCCCUCUGGGAAUCACUCCUUUCCUUUUGCCAGUCGCUGCACUGGCCAUCUUCCCUGGUAUUUGGCUCUACGGAGCCUAUGCAUACCCCUACACUCAUCAUUACGACUAUAUCAAUCAGACUUCCCGCCAAAACGAGUCAUUGCCGGUAGUCUGCUUGUGUCAAGAAUACUCGGCUUGCGGCUGUGAUGAUAACAACAACAGCACGUACUAUCAAUCGCUAUUCAAUGGCACUCAACCUGUGAACUCCAGUAUCGCCAAGGUUGUCAAUGCCAACGGAACCGAGACCAUCUACAUCAACGGAACUUUGCCGAAUGGAACGACGUCUACGAGCUCGUCCACCUCCUCAGCUCCCGGUACAGCCCUCCUUGAGGCCAGCGGGUACUGGGUGAUGGUCGCUCUGGUGGCUAGCACAGUUUGGGCGCUUUGA